UACGCAUCAGAUAGAGAUAGAGAUAUGGGAGAGAGCGUCGUGAAUUCGAAUUUGUGUCCGUUCCCUAGUUGAAGCCGUCGGCAAUGGAAUCGACCCUCUCUGCAGCAGCCACGCUCUCGUCCAUGUCCAAAACCCUAAAUUCUUGCCUCCACCGUCAUCUCUGGGCAACUCGCCAAAGCCAAUGCCUCCGCAGUCAACUAGUACUUAGACGGCUCGUUUACAGUGAACUUCGGAGAUCCAAGGGGUUGAGUUGCGACCGUCAGUCGCCACAUUGGGGUUGGAGUUUCUGCGCGGUGCCAGUUCCCGCGGGCAGGUCCCGCCUGGAGUGCCGUGCUAGUUCUGCUGCUGCUUCAUUCUCGUCCGCUGCUUAUGGCGGCGGUGGCGGGGGGAUCGGAGGGAGCGGCGGCGGCGACGGCGACGGUGCGUCGGACGGUGGGGAAGCAAAGUCGGACGCGGUUGUGGGUGGGUCGGAAGAUGUUUCUGCUCUGUCACCGGAUGUGAUAAUUCUUGAUGUCGGAGGCAUGACUUGUGGGGGAUGUGCCGCAAGUGUGAAGAGAAUUUUGGAAAGCCAACCACAAGUUUCUUCUGCUAGUGUUAAUCUCACAACAGAGACAGCAAUUGUAUGGCCUGUAUCUGAAGCCAAGGUUAUACCAAACUGGCAAAAGCAUUUAGGAGAGAUCCUUGCAAAGCAUUUGACUAGUUGUGGCUUCAAGUCUAAUCUUAGAGAUUCAGUGAAAAAUAACUUUUUUGAAGUAUUUGAAAGGAAGAUGGAUGAAAAGCAAAAACAGUUGAAAGAAAGUGGUCGUGGGCUUGCUGUCUCUUGGGCUUUAUGUGCUGUCUGCCUCUUUGGUCAUCUAUCUCAUUUCUUUGGAGGAAAGGCUUCAUGGAUCCAUGCCUUACACUCGACUGGAUUUCAUCUUUCUUUGUCACUAUUUACAUUGCUUGGUCCUGGUCAGCAACUUAUCAUUGAUGGUCUGAAAAGCCUUAUUAGGGGGAGUCCAAAUAUGAAUACUUUAGUUGGUCUUGGGGCUUUGUCAUCUUUUGCUGUCAGCACUUUGGCUGCUUUGAUUCCUAAGCUGGGCUGGAAAUCGUUCUUUGAGGAGCCUAUCAUGUUGAUAGCAUUUGUGCUGUUGGGAAGGAAUCUUGAGCAGAGAGCUAAGAUUAAAGCCACUAGUGACAUGACAGGCCUGUUAAGUAUUUUGCCCACAAAAGCUCGUCUACUGGUCAAGGGUGAUACAGGAGAGUGGAGCUCAACUGUUGAAGUGCCUUGCAGCAGUCUCUCCAUUGGUGAUCAAAUUGUUAUACUACCUGGAGACUGUGUUCCAGUUGAUGGAAUUGUGAGAUCUGGUAGAAGUGCAGUCGAUGAAUCAAGUUUCACGGGGGAGCCUCUCCCUGUGACCAAACUACCUGGGGCUGAAGUUGCAGCUGGGACUAUAAACCUUAAUGGGACACUUACAGUUGAAGUACAAAGACCAGGUGGUGAGACUGCCAUGGGAGACAUUGUUCGUUUAGUAGAAGAAGCUCAGAGUAGAGAAGCUCCAGUACAGCGUUUGGCUGACAAGGUGGCUGGGCACUUCACCUAUGGAGUAAUGGCACUCUCCGCUGCCACAUUUUUGUUCUGGAAUUUUCUUGGUGCACAACUUUUGCCAGCAACUCUCCAUCAUGGAAGUGCAGUUUCAUUGGCACUGCAGCUGUCUUGCAGUGUUCUGGUUGUUGCUUGUCCGUGUGCACUUGGCCUUGCAACACCUACUGCUGUGCUGGUUGGAACUUCACUAGGGGCUAGAAGGGGAUUGCUUUUGCGGGGUGGGCAUGUCUUGGAGAAAUUUUCAAUGGUGAACACAAUGGUAUUUGACAAAACAGGAACAUUGACAAUUGGCAAACCAGUUGUGACAAAGGUGGUUACACAAGCAUGUGGAGAUGAUAAUGAUUCACAAUUGUCAGAAGUGGAGGUUUUGAAGUUAGCAGGUGCAGUUGAAUCAAAUACAAUGCAUCCUAUUGGGAAAGCAAUUGUGCAAGCUGCUAAGGCUGCUAAUUGUCAGAAUAUAAAGGUGGCAGAUGGAACAUUUAUGGAGGAACCUGGGUCAGGUGCUGUAGCAACUGUCGCCAAUAAAAAGGUGUGUAUUGGGACACUGGAUUGGGUUCAAAGGCAUGGAGUGGGUCAGUAUUGUGAAGAAGUGGAAGGGCUUAAGAAUCAAUCUGUUGUCUAUGUGGGAGUAGAUGGAACUGUAGUUGGACAUAUUUAUGUUGAGGAUCAGAUUAGAGAAGAUGCUAGACAAGUAGUUCAAUCCUUGAGCAAGCAAGGUGUCAACCUCUAUAUGCUUUCUGGAGAUAAACGGAGUACAGCUGAAUAUGUUGCAUCUAUUGUUGGAAUUCCAAGAGAAAAGGUGCUCUAUGGUGUCAAACCACAUGAGAAAAAGUUGUUCAUACAAAAACUUCAAAAGGAUCACGGCAUAGUAGCCAUGGUUGGUGAUGGAAUCAACGAUGCUGCUGCCUUGGCCUCUUCACAUGUAGGAGUUGCCAUGGGAGGAGGUGUUGGAGCUGCUAGUGAGGUGGCUUCUAUAGUGUUGAUGGGCAACAGGUUGUCCCAGUUGCUUGAUGCCCUGGAGCUUAGUAGACUGACCAUGAAGACUGUGAAGCAAAAUCUCUGGUGGGCCUUUGGGUAUAACAUGGUUGGAAUUCCGAUAGCUGCCGGAAUGAUGCUACCAGUGACAGGAACCAUGUUGACUCCAUCAAUUGCUGGAGCCCUUAUGGGUUUGAGCUCCAUUGGUGUGAUGACAAAUUCAUUGCUUCUGAGGCUCAAAUUUACAUCAAAACAGACAACAAAAUCCAAGGACAUGCUAAAGGUCAACACUCUCAGACCCUGAUCCUUGUUGCGGACCAAAAGGACAGUUUAGGAUUUUCUUAAUUGAUAAAAGGGAACCCUUAUAUGGAGAUUAGAAAGCCCUUGCCUGGCUCUUGGUUGGUCUCACUGUUUUAUUCUAGAGUUUAAAUCAGGGGAAUAUAUCUGGAAGACAGUAGAUCCUAACAUGGAUGGAUUAGAAUGCUUAUAUCUGCCCUGAAGUUCUAUUAUUGUUCAUUCAAUCAAAGACAGCAUGAAAUUAGGCUUAAUA